UGAAUCGUAUGGUUAUAAUAUCCAAAGUCCUUUGAUCCAUCGUCACGUCUCUUGGAUAACCUUCACUGGGAUUCUAUAUGGAACCAUCAUCAACACCAUGGAUCUCUUUCGCGCAUUCCUUGGUCCCUUGGGCAAUGCCUUAUGUCUUGGGCGAUCUUUGAUCGGCAUCUUCUUCAUCUCCAUUACCAUUUGCAAUAUGAACGUCAUGGCCUUAGUCCGCUAUGCCUUCGUGUUCCAUUAUCAGACCACCAGUCGCCUCAAUGAAGGCCUCGCUUUGCGAUUGUCCUUGGUUUUGAAUCUGGCCUUGAACUCGUAUUUCUUAGCCAUCUACUAUCUUCUUCCUGGUGAUUUGAACACUACCUAUCGUUUAUGUAUGGGUCAAUCCAUGGUCCACGAUCAUUCAGUGGAGAAGCUGUCACCUUAUGUCAUUUGGUUGGUGGUCUCAAUUCCUAUCCAGAUCUUUACCAAGUUAAGGAUCAUGUGCUAUAAGUGGGGAUCGGGUGAGAAUUCACAAGAUUCGCCCACGCAUCUCUUGUGGCGAGAUCGAACGGCCACUUUUGCAGGCAUCAUCAUCAUCUCCUUGAGUUUUAUCCCCAAACUGAUCGUUAGUGUCAUGUCAGACUCUCAAUUGAACUCGGAGUUUGGCUCGUUCAUCAUGGCGGCCCAUUUGUUCGUGGGAACACCUUUGGCUUUAGGAUGUUAUACUUUAUCCAUGUACAAGAAAAAUCCUAUUAUGAGGGCCUAUCUGUACCGCGAAUUUCUGAUCCCCAAGAUUCAAUGUUGGGCCUGAAUCGGCCUACCGUUUAGUUUCAUUUGGGUUCCUAAACGUUUGAAAGGAUUAAAAGCCCUUUGCCCUCGUCCAAUUAGUCUUUACCAAAGACACGCUCGCUUUGUUUUGAAAGUGAAUAUGAAAGUUAUACCAUUUAAAGUUACAUAAGGUCAAACACUUUGAUUCUGUUCUUUGCUCAAGAUUUAACCGUUGUUUAACUGUUUUGUUUUAAACUCGGGGAUUGAGAGCCUUCAAGAAAAUGCA